AUGCCACGAAAAAUUUUAAGUGGUGCGGCCAAAAGGAAAAGAAAGCAAGAACAGGAAAAUAAUAUUUUAAAUACGAAUAAAAAAAUCAACAGUUUCUUCGGAUGUAGUCGGCUUAAUAACGAUAAGUAUAAAAUUGAACCUGUGGCAUCUACUUCAACUGAGAUCAUAAACAAUGAUAAUUUUGAUGGUAAAGAUGAAGUUGAAGAAGUACAAAUUUUGAACUGUAUUGUAACUGUGGCAUCUACUUCAAAUAUUGAGAAAAAUGUAAAUCCACCUAAAAUUAUAACUGUGAAAGAUAACCAAACUAUUAGUGACUCUCAUAUUGUACUUGGUAAAGUUAAUGAUGACAUUUUAAUUGAUCAAUCUUCUGCAGGUUUGUAUGGUGAUGUUACGGAUUUGGUAAAUCUUCAGGAAGAUUUUCCAACUGACAAAGCAUUAUUUCCAGAACUAAUUACAAAUAAAAACCUUAAGCAAAGUAUAUUACUUUUUGGACCAUGUAAGCCAGGUAUAAAUUUCCCAACUAACAGUGAUGGAAAACGUUUUUCAACUAAUUACUAUUAUUUGACGACCAAGUCUGGUACAAUAAUACCUCGAUUAUGGUUAUGUUACUCUGUUCGUUUAGAUAAAUCAUAUUGUGAAACUUGUUGGCUAUUUGCUGACGGAAGUUAUAGUAAAUUCAAGUCAGAUUGGAUUGACGGUAUUAACGAUUGGAACCAUUUAUCUCAAUGUAUACAAAGGCAUGAAUGUUCCAUUCAACACUUAGAUGCUACUAAACUUCGUUCGAUAUUUACCAAAACUCAUACUAUUGAUGCUGAAUUAGAAAAACAGUAUUCUGAUGAAGCGAUGAAGUGGAGAAAUUUAUUAAAACGCUUAAUUAAAACAAUACUUUAUUUAACUUCUGGUAAUUUAGCUUUAAGAGGCAAUGAAGGUAGUAAACAAAUUAAUAAUCCUACUGAAGGCAAUUUUUUAAGGACGGUUUAUUUACUUGCUGAAUUUGAUCCCCUUUUAAAAAGUAUAUUAGAAGAUAAAAACCAGAAAAUCAAAUACUUAAGUGCCUCGAUUCAAAAUGAACUAAUAGACAUUUUGUCAACUGAUUUACGACGUACGAUUUGCAAUGAGAUAAAGAAUAGUAUUUUUUUUUCAGUUAUAUUAGACUCCACCCAAGAUAUUACCAAAGAAGAUCAAGUAAGUUUAGUUAUCCGUUAUACAAAAGUAAACCAUGAACAAAAACAAAUAGAAAUAAAAGAAUCGUUUCUUGGAUUUUUUUUACUAAAACAUCAUAAUUCUAUUAGUUAUGCUGAUCAAUUAAAAACUACUUUAUUGAAGUUUGAUUUAAACAUUUUAAAAUGCCGUGGUCAAGGUUACGACGGAGCAGCAGUUAUGAGUGGCUCUCUAACUGGAGUUCAAAAAAGAAUCCGUGAUAUUGUUCCAAAUGCAACAUUUGUUCACUGCUGCUCCCAUAAUAUUAAUUUGAUUAUAUGUGAUGCUGCAAAAAGUACAAGAAAAGUGCUUUCAUUUUUUGAAACAGUUCAAGAUAUUUACAACUUUUUUAGUUCAAGUUCACUUAGAUGGAAACAAUUAGCUUUUGGAGAAGAUAAAGGAUUAAAGAUUAAAAAAUUAACUAUAAAAAAAUUAUGUCCUACCCGUUGGGAGGCUCGUCAUAAUGCAAUAUUUUCUUUAAAACAGAGAUAUUCAGAUAUUUUAAGAGUACUUUCAAAUAUUCAACUAACAAGUAGUGACAAAAGUGAUGAAAUACAUAUGGCUAAAAUAUUACAAAACAAAUUAGAGUCAGCAGAAUUUAUUCUUAUUCUAUGCAUAUGGGAACCAAUUUUGGGAUCACUUCAAAUUGUAUCUAAAACUUUACAGUCUGUUCAUCUUAGCUUAAACAAUGCUUCAAUACAGUUGCAAAAGGCUACUGAAAGUAUAGAAAAAAUGAGACAAGAGUACGACAAAAUAAUUGACAACGCAAGAAAAUUGUGUGAAACAUGGAAUAUACCAUUUAAAUUUGAUAAAAAGCGUCAAAGAUUUGCUGUAAGACAUUUUGACGAAGUAGAUGGUGAUUACCGACUUACAGUAAUGGAAGAUAAUUUUAAGAUAAAUGUAUUUUACCCAGUAAUCGAUACAACAUUGAUGCAACUUAGAGAAAGGUUUAAAGGAAUGCAAAUGGUUUGUGAAGAUUUUAGUAUACUUAUGCCUCAAACAUUAGUAGAAAUGUCUGAAGAACAUUUAAUAAAAUCAGCGUAUGACUUUACCAUUAAAUACAAAGAUGAUAUAAGUUCAGAUUUUACAAGACAAAUUAUCUCUUUAAAAGCAUAUUUAUUAUCAACUUAUCAAGAAAACUCACUUCAAAAAAUAACUGUUCAAAAUUUAGGAGAAAUCAUUAUCAAAGAUGACUUAACUUCCAUAUUUCCAGAUGUUUUUACUGGUAUUACCAUUUUUAUGACUAUACCAGUAACAUCUGCUUCAGCAGAAAGAUCAUUCUCGAAGUUAAAACUUAUCAAAAACUAUUUGCGCAACUCUAUAAGUCAAGACCGGUUAUCUAACAUCGCUAUUCUGAACAUCGAAAGACUUCAAGUAGAAAAUAUUAAUGUAGACAAAAUCAUUGAAGACUUGCAAAUUUAA